AUGGACGCCUCCUCCCUCCGCAUCUCCAAGUUCGAUGGAACUAACUUCCACGCCUGGAAGUUCAAGAUGCAGAUGGUGCUGGAGGAACGGGACCUAUGGGAGGUCGUCAGCGGUGAGAUCAAGGCGGAACAGUGCGAGACUCAGUUGGACCAAGCGACGUACAAGAGGAAGUCAAGAAAGGCGAUGGCAGUGAUCUGUCUAGCCAUGGAAGAUUCCCAGCUACCGUUGGUCCGGUCGGCAAGUGGUGCAUGCGACGCAUGGUCAAGGUUGGAAGACCACUUCGAGAAGAAGAGUCUUGCCAACAAGCUGUUCUUGCGCCGUCGCUUCUUCACGACAAUGAUGGAAGAAGGCGACGAUGUGCUCGAACACAUCAACAAGCUCAAGACGCUGGCGGAACAGCUAGAAGCGGUGGGGGCUCCAGUCUGCGAGGACGAUCUGGUGAUCACACUCCUCGGCAGCCUGAGUGACUCGUAUCAAUUCUUGAUCACAGCUUUGGAGUCGCGCUCAGACACUCUUAGCUGGGAGCUCGUGACGUCUCGACUGCUUCAUGAAGAAAUGAAGCGGGAAGGAGCAAGGAAGUAA